AUGCGCACCUCAUGGCUGUCUGCGCUGCUCAUCGGCUCGGCAACCGCCCAAGUGCCAAACGAAGAGCCGGAUUACUCAAUUGACCAUCCGUACACGGAGCCAGCAAAGCCCAAUGGACUAGCCAUCGAGAAGCCGAACUUCAUCCUCUUCAUGCCCGAUCAGCUGCGCUACGACGCCGUCGGCAUCUUCGGCAACGACCUGAUCAAGACGCCGAACAUCGACGCCUUCGCGCGUGAGGGGACGCGCUUCACCAACACGUACACGCAGGCCUCGGUGUGCUCGCAGUCCCGCUGCAGCAUCUUCACCGGCCAGUACCCGCACGUGAGCGGCCACCGCAUGCUGGAGAACCUGCUCAAGCCGUGGGAGCCCAACGUCUUCCGGUCGCUGAAGGAGGCCGGCUACCACGUCGCCUACCUGGCCCCGCGGGGAGACUUCUACGCCGACAACGCCACCGAGCUGAGCGUCAACGAGUACGGCUUCUUGACCAGCCAGACGCUGCCCGCCUUCUCAUCGCCGCCCUACCAGCCCGACAGGGACGACGUGCUCAACCGCGUCUUCUACAAGGGUGAGCGCAACGCCACACAGGCCCUGGACUAUGACGAGGCCAUGGUGCGCGGCGCUCUGCAGUGGCUCGAGAGGCCGCCGCAGGACAAGCCGUGGGUGCUCUUCCUGCCGCUGCUGUUCCCGCACUGCCCCUUCACCGUCGAGGAGCCGUUCUUCUCCAUGUACGACCGCGACGAGAUGCCGCUGCCCGUCGACCGGGAGGCCAUGAGCGGCUACCAGCCCCGCUUCAUCGACACCAUCCACUCGGCCUACGGCCUCGACCGCGCGACGCCGGAGCUGUGGCGCGAAGUCAAAGCGACCUACUACGGCAUGAUCUCGCGCCUCGACUCGCAAUUCGGCCGCAUCGUCAACGCGACCAAGGACCGGGGCCUCUGGAACUCGACCGUGACCAUGUUCUUCACCGACCACGGCGAGUUCCUCGGCGACUACGGGCUGAUCGAGAAGUGGCCGUCGGCCGUCAACGAGCAGCUCACGCACGAGCCGCUCAUCGUCGGCGGCGCGGGGCUCCCCGACGGCGGCCACGUCUACGACGAGAUGGCCGAGAUGGUCGACCUGGUGCCCACGAUGCUGCAGCUGGCCAGCGUCAACGAGAGCUACAUGCACUUCGGCAAGUCGCUCGUCGACGCCAUGCACGCGGCGGGCCGCGGCGAGGUGCUGCCGCACAAGGCGUACGCCUACACCGAGGGCGGCUUCCUGCUGAGCGAGGAGCCGUUGCUGGAGCAGGGGCCCUUUCCCUACGACAUCAAGACGGCGCUGCAGCACAACGACACGGCGCUGGUGGGCAAGUCGGUCGCCGUGCGCGACAAGGAGUGGACGUACGUGUACCGCCUGUACGAGCCGGACGAGCUGUACUUCCGCCGCAACGACUCGUACGAGGUCGACAACCUCGCCGCGAGCCCGGAUCAUCAGCACGUCAGGGCCAAGAUGCGCGAGACGGUGCUGCAGUGGAUGAUGGAGACGUCGGAUGUCAUUCCGUGGUACAAGGACCAGAGGGCCCCGGAUGUGAAUCUGCCGAGCCCGUACGAGCAGUACUUGGGCAGGGGCGACGGGGAGCUGUAG